AUGUCUGGAGAAUCCGCCACCGCUAUUCACAAGGGUCAAGUUGAUCUCUUAGGCUUCAUAGAUUGGAUUGGUGUUGAAUGCCUCAAUCAAAGCACCACUCUCUCUGUUUCCAGUGCUAUCAAACAGGGUUAUAGAGAAGAUAAAGGUUUUCAUCUAGAAAUUGAUGCAUAUGAACAGUUUUUGCUUUAUAUUGCUUUCACCCAAGUUAUUAAACUUUAUUCCAUUAUUGUCAAAGGUCCUGAAGAUAAAGGAGGUGCUGAAAGGGAACAAGGAUUACUUCAGAUACUGACUGAGAUGGACGGAUUCAAAGUUUCCACAGCACAGGUGCUUGUGAUAGGUGCUACAAAUAGAUUGGAUAUUAUUGAUCCUGCUCUUUUGUGGAAGGGUCGUUUCGACAAGAUCAUUAGAGUUGGUUUGCCUUUAAGAGAUGGAAGACUUGCCAUUUUGAAGGUGCAUGCUAUGAAUAAGUAUUUUCGCUUAGAAGAAGAAAAAGAUACUCUGCUUAACGAAAUUGUAGAGCUAACAGAAGAUUUUACUGGGGCAGAGCUGCAGAAUAUACUGAACGAAGCUGGAAUUUUAACGGCCAGGAAGGAUUUGGAUUAUAUUGGGCGUGACGAGUUGCUUGAGGCAUUAAAAAGGCAAAAAGGAACAUUUGAAACAGGGCAAGAGGACACUACAGAAAUUCCUGAAGAACUGAGACUGAGAUUGGCAUAUAGAGAAGAUAUGGAAACUAGUAAAAUACCCGCGCUCCUUCACCGUGUAUCAUUGGUCUUUUUGAAACAGCUAGAAAUCCAAACAGAAAUGAUAUUUGCUACAGACUCACAAAUGCAUCCCAACUACGCAAGUGAUAAUGUGACUGAUAUAAGUUCUAUUUGCAGCCAGCCAAAUAUGUCUUAUAGUGAAGUUUCUGGAAAGGUUUUUUCUAGAAAAUCAGAUUACAUAAACUCUAUAGUGCGUUCUUGUGCUCCAAGAGUAAUUGAGGAGGAGAUGUUCGGGAUAGACAACUUGUGUUGGAUGUCUGCAAAUGCUUGUUUAACCAUAUCUGCGUUUUGUAGGCUCUGUUGCGGUGCUACUUUUAUGUUUGCUGUCUGUUUUGCUCAAAUGGUUUGUGGUUCUUGUAGACGUCUGCUUUCGUAUCCAUCAGGUCAUUUCUUCCCUGCAGCUGAUCAGGUCGGGCAAGUUAAGUGUGGGAGUUGUACGCUAUUGCUAAUGUAUCCAUAUGGCGCUUCACAGGUCAGGUGUUCAUCAUGCCGGUUUGUGACAGAAAUCGGGCCAUUUAAGGAACAUGUUCAGUCGGAAGUUUUUGGAUAUAAUGCUUGUAAUACCUCCACCAAGAACAAGGAUAUAGAGGAUCAUUGGAAAGGCAUUUGGAAUCUGAGUGUUACUAAAAGAAUAAGGGUUUUUGUGUGGAUGAUAUAUCAUAAUGGAAUCAAAACCAACCAAUAUCUAAACCACUUGAAUCUUCCAGAUAAUUUGUGUGAUUACUAUGAUGGAAAAUGUAGUAGUGUUGUAGCUGAGCUUUGGUGA